CCUCAGGAGAUGAACUUUGAGGACGUGGCCAUCGCCUUCUCUGAGGAGGAGUGGGGGCUCCUUGAUGCGGCUCAGAGACUUCUGUACUGCGAGGAGAUGCUGGAAAUCUUUGCACUUGUAGCCUCCGUGGGUUGUUGCCAUAAAACAGAUGACGAGGAGGCCUGUUCUGAGCAGAGUGUGUCUGUAGAAGGAGAGUCACAGGUCAGGGAGUCUGAGACAGCUCCAGCCGCUGAGAAAACACAUUCCUGUGAGCGUUGUGUCUUGGUCUUGAAAGAUAUUCUGCACCUGACUGAGGGCCAAGCAGCCUACCUUGAGCAGCGAGCCUUCUUCAGUGACACAUACGUGAGAGGCUUCUGUCUCCCUGCACACGUUCACCAGCAGCAGAGGGAAGCCCGGGGAGAGAAGGCCGGGAAAGGGCUCAGGGCCUCGUUUAGGACCUGGUCCACCUCCGUAUCCAUGACGCCUUUCCCCUGUAGGGAGGUCGGGAAGGACCUUCCAGCCAUUUCAGGCGGUUGCCAGCAUCAGGCUUCUCCUAACAGUGCAGAGCCACCCAGUGGCGGUGAGAGUGGGCGGGGCGCUCUCAGUGGGAAAAGUCACCACGAGUCGGGUGGAUGUGAAAAAGCCGCCCGCCACAGCCAGAAACUUGUUCGGCGUCAGAGUGUCUGCUCUGGAGAAGGGCUUGGUGACUGUAGCAAAUGUGGGACAGGUGUUAGACAAACGUCAAGCCCCAUUCAACAUAGGAGAGUUCACACUCAAGAAUGGCCUCGUGAGUGUAGUGAUUGUGGGAAGUCCUUCAGCCAAACCUCUGGACUCAUUCAACACCACCGAAUUCACACUGGAGAAAAGCCCUAUGGGUGUAGUGACGGUGGGAAGUCCUUUAGCCGAAGGUCUUUACUUAAACACCAGAGAGUUCACCUGGGAGAAAAGCCAUUUGAGUGUAGUUAUUGUGGAAAGUCCUUCAGACACAGAUCUAAACUCAUUGACCACCACAGAGGUCACACUGGUGAAAGGCCUUAUGAGUGUAGUAAGUGUGGGAAAUCUUUUAAGCGCAAAGAUCACCUCCUUAAACACGAGAGAUUUCACACCGGAGAAAAGCCUUAUAAGUGCAGUGAAUGUGGGAAAAGCUUUAGACGAAACUAUAACCUCCGUCAACAUAGGAAAGUUCACACUGGAGAAAAGCUAUAUGAGUGUCGUGACUGUGGGAAGUCUUUCAUCCAGAGCUCUAGCCUCACUGAACACCAGAGAUGUCACACUGGAGAAAAGCCAUAUGAGUGCAGUGUGUGUGGGAAAUGCUUUGGACAACGCUGGAGUCUUAUUCAACACCGUCAAGUUCAUUCAGGAAAAAAUCCUUUUGAGUGUAGUGCAUGUGGGAAGUCUUUUAACCGCAAAUCCCAACUUAUCAGACACAAGACUGUUCACACUGGAGAAAAGCCAUAUGCAUGUUGUGUCCGUGGAGAUUCUUUUAGCCUAAGUUCUGCCCUCAUUCAAAGCCAGAAAGUUCACACUGGAGAAAAGCCAUAUGAGUGUAGUGAUUGUGGAAAGUCCUUCACUUGUAGCUCUAAGCUCACUGAGCACCACAGAGGUCACACGGGUGAAAGGCCUUACGAGUGCAGGAAAUGUGGGCAAUCUUUUAGGCGCAAAGAUUACCUCCUGAACCAUGAGAGAGUUCACUCUGGAGAAAAGCCUUACGAAUGUAGUGAAUGUGGGAAAACCUUUGGAAGAAAGUAUAACCUCUUCCAACAUAGGAAAGUUCACACAGGAGAAAAGCCAUAUGGCUGCAGUGACUGCGGGAAGUCAUUCAGCCUAAAAGGUAGCCUCACUGAACACCAGAGGUGUCACACUGGAGAAAAGCCAUAUGAGUGCAGUGUGUGCGGGAAAUGCUUUAGACAGCGCAGCAGUCUUAGUCAACACCUUCGUGUUCAUUCUGGAAAAAAUCCUUUGGAGUGUAGUGAAUGUGGGAAAUCUUUUAACCUGAAAUCUCAACUUAUUAGACACAAGCGUGUUCACACUUUAGAAAAAUUGUAGGAGUGUAAUGAAUAUGGAAAAUCCUUAAGCCAAAAUUCUGCCCUCAUUCAACAGCAGAGAGUAUACAGUGGAGAAAAGCCACUACAUAUGAGUGUAGUUAUUGUGGGAAGUCCUUAAACCAAAGAUCUGCACUCACUCAACAGGUCACACUGGAGAAAAGCUGAAUUAGUGUAGUGAUUGUUGGAAGGCUCUCAGAGCUCUAAGCUAAGUGAACCCCACAGUGGCUACACUGGAGAAAGGCCUUAUGAAUGUAGUGAAUCCAAAGUUUUUUAGACAAAGUUCUAGUCUUUUCCAACACCACAGAGUUCACAGUAGAUAAAAGCCUUAUGAGUGAAGUGAAUGGGGGAACCAUUUUGGACAAUUAUUUUUGGUUAAUCCUCACCCAAGGAUAUUUUUUCCAUUGCUUUUCAGAGAGGGUGGAAGGCGAGGAGGGAGGG